AUGAGACUUACGCUAGUCGUGUGUAGUUUUCUGUUCGGUUUGAUCCUAGCUCCAAUCGAUGGCAGGCUCAAGUAUGCGGAAGUCCUGCCGAGUGAUUCGUUCGAGAGCCUACUCCUCUCGCCCUCGCACCCCAGUGUAGUGAGUGGAGCAGGUGUUGGACGUGCUGACGGUGCUGUUGCUGACCAGCAGUUUGCUGCUGCUGUACGUAAUCCAGAUCCCCUCGCAGAUGAGCCGGAAGACAAGCCCAUUCCAUCGGCAGAUGGAGGGUCCAACACCCUGUUACCAGUCAACUGCUUCCCACCAGCCGACCGUCAGCACAAGUAUGACUGGGCACGGUACUACCUGCGCCAGCUGGCGGCUGGACUCUCCCGGAAUGGUCCACUUGAAUCCACGGCUAUGGUUGAGCAGUUCCCUCGUUUGGGUUCAACAGCAUCCAAACGUUCGGACUUUAACCGCGAACAAUCAGCGGACUUAUACGCCCAAUAUCCUACCUCUUGCGCCUGUCAGACGAAGUACGAGCUGCUCGAUUUGGGAUACACGCACUUUCCGCGCUACAUCGUGAACGCGAUCUGCCAGAACAGAAGCGCCAACAGCCGCAAGUGUUGGCGCGGUUCAAGCUGCAAGGAGAUCCCGUACAAGGUGCGUGUCCUGACGAAGCGCUCAGACAACGAGUCGGGCGAACAGGAUCACCAUUCGACGCUGCUGCCGGAACCGUUGCGCGAGUACUGGCGCUUUAAGACGGUCACGAUUGCUGCCGCCUGUCAGUGCUCGAUCUGACGGAUGAGGUUGCGGAUGAGGACGUCGGGCGAAUAAAUCAGGUCGUUCACAUUGGCAAA